AGGACAUUGCCGGGUCCACGGAGGCGUGUCUAACGUCCAUUUUCACAACGCACGAAAACCAAUCAUACAGUAGGAUCCUCCUAUACGUUGACAGACAUUGUGAUGGCCAAUGAGAAGAGGUGUAAGUGGAUGACAGGCGGAGCCACGGUCUGGGAGCAGAGUCUGCGUGUCGCCUGACCGGAUGAUGACUGACUGAAGUUUUAUCACUGUAGUUUUCUUUUCCGUCUUGUCUAUUCAUUUAAAUAGCGCGUCACUGUAGCCCUGUUGUUUAGAAUCUAGUUACUGAGCCUAACCCAAAUCUGACAACAAUCACGUUUUAACAGUCGACUUGACUUUUACGCUUUUUCAGGGAAAGGCAAAUCCAGGUUCGCAAGUGAGAGAGCGCAAAGAUCCGACCCACCUCUCUCUCUCCCUGUCUCUCCGAGAAUCCUGAGUUGAGCCCGCCGGAGAGAAGAGCCACCAUGGGGAACCGGGGUAUGGAAGACCUUAUUCCCCUCAUCAACAAGCUCCAGGACGCCUUCAGCUGCAUCGGCCAGAGCUGCAACCUGGACCUGCCACAAAUCGCCGUGGUCGGAGGGCAGAGCGCCGGGAAAAGCUCCGUUCUGGAGAAUUUCGUUGGAAGGGACUUCCUUCCCCGAGGCUCUGGUAUCGUGACCCGCAGACCUCUCGUCCUUCAACUGGUCAACAACCAAGCAGAGUAUGCUGAGUUCCUUCAUUGUAAAGGUCGUAAGUUUGUGGACUUUGAUGAGGUGCGUUUGGAGAUUGAGGCCGAGACUGAUCGCAUCACUGGGUCCAAUAAGGGAAUCUCUGCUGUUCCCAUCAACCUCCGAGUCUAUUCCCCUAAUGUGUUAAACCUGACUCUUAUAGAUCUACCAGGGAUGACUAAGGUAGCGGUGGGAGACCAGCCAGUCGACAUCGAGCACCAGAUCAGAGACAUGCUGAUGCAGUUCAUAACUAAAGAAUCCUGUCUGAUCCUGGCUGUGACUCCAGCUAACCAGGAUCUAGCCAACUCUGAUGCUCUCAAGAUAUCUAAGGAGGUUGACCCUCAAGGGUUACGUACCAUCGGAGUGAUCACCAAGCUGGACCUGAUGGACGAGGGGACGGACGCACGGGACAUUCUAGAGAAUAAACUACUGCCGCUACGCAGGGGUUACAUUGGGGUGGUGAAUCGUAGUCAGAAGGAUAUUGACGGCAGGAAGGAUAUUAAAGCAGCUCUGGGUGCAGAGAGGAAGUUCUUCCUGUCUCAUCCAGGAUACCGACACAUAGCUGACCGCAUGGGAACACCACAUCUACAGAAAACACUCAACCAGCAACUGACCAACCACAUCCGGGACACGUUGCCAGGGUUACGUAGUAAGCUCCAGAGCCAGCUUCUAUCUCUGGAGAAAGAGGUGGAGGAAUACAAGAACUUCAAACCAGACGACCCGACACGCAAGACCAAAGCCCUACUGCAGAUGGUUCAGCAGUUUGGUGUAGACUUUGAGAAGCGUAUUGAGGGGUCAGGUGAUCAGGUGGACACUGUGGAGCUCUCUGGAGGAGCUAGAAUCAACAGGAUCUUCCACGAGAGAUUCCCCUUCGAACUGGUCAAGAUGGAGUUUGAUGAGAAGGAGUUGAGGAGAGAGAUCAGUUAUGCCAUCAAGAACAUCCACGGAGUGAGAACAGGCCUGUUCACCCCUGACCUAGCCUUUGAGGCCAUAGUGAAAAAGCAGAUCAUUAAGCUGAAAGAGCCCUGUCUGAAAUGCGUCGACCUCGUCCUGUCCGAGCUCACCUCCCUCGUCAAGAAGUGUACCGAAAAGCUUGGCUCCUACCCCAGACUGAGAGAAGAGACGGAGAGAAUUGUCACAACCUAUGUCAGAGAGAGAGACAUCAAAACCAAAGACCAGGUGCUGCUGUUGAUUGACAUUGAGCUGUCUUACAUCAACACAAACCAUGAGGACUUCAUUGGCUUCGCAAACGCGCAACAGAGGACCACUGUUACGGCUGCUAUUAACAACAAGAAGAGAGUGAUGCCAAACCAGGUGAUCCGGAGGGGCUGGCUCACUAUCAACAUAAGCAUUAUGAAGGGGGGGUCCAAAGACUACUGGUUCGUCCUGACUGCAGAGUCACUGUCCUGGUACAAGGAUGAGGAGGAGAAAGAGAAGAAGUACAUGCUGCCUCUAGAUAACCUGAAGCUGAGAGACGUGGAGAAAAGUUUCAUGUCCACAAAACACACAUUCGCCAUCUUCAACACCGAGUCCAGGAACGUGUAUAAGGACCUACGUCAGAUAGAGCUGGCCUGUGACACACAGGAGGAUGUAGACAGCUGGAAGGCUUCUUUCCUCAGAGCUGGAGUUUACCCUGAGAAAGACCAGGUUGACAGUGAGGACACAGGACCAGCAGAAUCCUUCUCUAUGGAUCCCCAGCUGGAGAGGCAGGUUGAGACCAUAAGGAAUCUAGUGGAUUCCUACAUCGGCAUCGUCAACAAGUCCAUCCGGGAUCUAAUGCCCAAGACCAUCAUGCACCUCAUGAUCAACAGCGCUAAAGACUUCAUCCAUUCUGAGUUGUUAGCCUACCUGUAUUCCUGUGGGGACCAGGGCAGUCUGAUGGAGGAGUCAGCUGACCAGGCUCAGAGGAGAGAUGAGAUGUUGAGGAUGUACCAUGCUCUGAAAGAAGCCCUGCUGAUCAUAGGAGACAUCAGUACAACCACAGUGUCAGCUCCUGUACCUCCACCUGUAGAUGACACCUGGAGGACCAAGGAACCCAGCCCCCCUCCUCAGGCCAGACCAGCCCCGGCCGCUGUCCCCCCUCCUAGUCGCCCCCCGGUAGCAAGAGGCCCCACCGCCGCUCCUCCUCCCUCCAGUCCCCAAAACCCAGCUUUCGGGGCGCCCCUUAUCCCCUCUCGACCUGGACCCCCACCAGUCAACACCUACAGUGCAGCGGACCCUGUCGCCAAUGUCCCCCUGAUCCCAUCUCGCCCAGCCAGGGUACCCCCAGCACUGCCCCCCGGCAUACCCAGAAGACCCCCAGCGGCCCCAGGCCGUCCCACCAUCAUACGCCCUUCAGAGCCUUCACUGCUGGACUAGACAGACAGACAGACAGAGACAGACAGAGACAGACAGACAGACAGACAGACAGACAGACAGACAGAGACAGACAGACAGACAGACAGACAGACAGACAGACAGACAGACAGACAGACAGACAGACAGACAGACAGACAGACAGACAGACAGACAGAGACAGACAGACAGACAGAGACAGACAGACAGAGACAGACAGACAGAGACAGACAGA